GUAAGUAGAAAGUAGCCAUGUCUUCCCUGGCUUGAAGAGAAAGAAAACCCUUAUAAAUUCCAAUUCCUUCCCCUUCUCUCUCAAAAAGCUAAGUGAUAUAAAUCACACUUGACUUCCAUUCAUUGUCUCUACAAGCUUCAAGACGAAUACGUAUAUAUAAAACCGUAAAAAUGUUCAGGAAUCAGUACGACACGGACGUUACUACAUGGAGCCCUGCUGGCCGAUUAUUCCAGGUGGAGUACGCGAUGGAGGCAGUCAAGCAAGGCUCUGCUGCAAUAGGCCUCCGAUCCAAGACCCACGUUGUCUUGGGCUGCGUCAACAAGGCCAAUUCCGAGCUGUCCUCUCACCAAAAGAAAAUCUUUAAGGUCGAUGAUCAUAUCGGCGUUGCAAUCGCCGGUUUAACCGCUGACGGACGUGUUCUGUCUCGUUACAUGCGAUCCGAGUGUAUUAACUACGGGUUCACUUACGAAUCUCCGCUCCCAGUGGGCCGCCUUGUCGUCCAGCUUGCUGACAAGGCUCAGGUCUGUACCCAGCGCUCUUGGAAACGGCCAUAUGGUGUUGGCAUUCUGGUAGGUGGCUUGGAUGAGUCUGGAGCCCACCUUUACUACAACUGUCCAAGUGGGAACUACUUUGAAUAUCAAGCAUUUGCCAUUGGGUCCCGCUCUCAAGCUGCAAAGACAUACAUGGAACGGAGGUUUGAGAACUUCAUGGACUCUUCAAGGGAAGAUUUGAUCAAGGAUGCUCUCAUGGCAAUUAGGGAAACUUUGCAAGGGGAAACAUUAAUGAGUUCUAUUUGCACAGUUGCUGUGGUAGGAGUUGGAGAGCCAUUCCAUAUUUUGAAUCAGGAAACCAUACAAAAGUUGAUUGAUACAUUUGAGAUUGCUGGAAGGGAAGGGGAUCUUGCUACUGCCCCAGAGACUGCUGCAGAAGAAGGUGCUGCUACUGACCAGGGUGCCGCUGCAGAUCAGGGUGUAGCUCCAAUGGACAUUUGAGGAAGCAAGAAUCAGAAUCUGCAUUUCAAUCCUUGAUUUUUCAGAUGAGGUUUUUGAGCAUGCAUUUGCUAAGCUCAUUGGAUCGUGGAUGGCACCAUAAAAGACAUCAUUUCAGAUGGAGUUUAAUUUUUCUUAAUUUCCCCCUUUUUACGGAACAUUUUAAUGUUAUUCUCCAGUGAACUUCAUACACCUUUAAGCUAUUACUCAAGUUACAUCAUUGAACA